AUGACGUUGACCCUACCAAUGGCAUUAAGAUGGGCCGCAAUGUCGGGCGCUACAUUCAAGGCGAACAAGACUCAAUAUAUCCACUUCACUAGAAGCACCAUCCGCAACCCACAACCUGCACAACCACUCAAGGUCGACAAACAGAAGAUUGGUCCGAGCAAUGCGGUCAAACUGCUAGGAGUGAUAUGUGAUCAAAAACUAAAAUUCCGAGAACGUAUUGGCAGAGUCACCAAGAGGGGUAUCCAAGCUAGCCAAGCGUUGAUGCGACUGAAAGGGUUGAGACGACGAAAUGCUCGGCAGUUGUACCAAUCCUUAGUUGUAUCGACCAUCACAUAUGCGGCAUCAGUAUGGGCUACAGUGAACAAACAAGGGAAUAUUCCAGAGUGGAUUGUCAACCCAAUGGAUGUGAUCCAGAAACGACCGCAAAGGUUGUUGUUGGUCUGUUUCGCACAGUAUCAAGAUCAGUCGCGGAAGCAGAGAAGCGGAUUCUCCGCCACUGGAUCAGUUGCCACAGCUAUCAUACUGGAUGAGGCGCAGCUAGACAAGCCAGGUAGGUUUGAAACCCCUAAAAUCCACGUGUACACAUAUGGCUCAGCACGCAACGGCCUGGCAGGGUUUGGCCUUGCAGGCAUGAUGGGAAAUGCCAUCCCGCAGUCGACCUCGAGGACAAUUGAAACCCACGAAAAUACCGACCUGCACAAUGUUCAAUUAGGUGCAACCAGUGAGUUACAAGCAAUGCUUCCAGCGGUAACAGGAUGCAUGGGCAUCCGCAUCUAUGCAACGAACCCAUCAGUGCUCCAAUCCAUCAUCAAUCCAUGGGUACAAGGCGGGCAACAAAUCAUCCGACACAUCAUCCAAUUAGUGCGAGAACUACUGGAGGAUCAAGUGGACGUUCGGAUUGGACGGGUCGGCAGUGAACAAGACAACACAGGGACCUCAAUGGCCAAAGUCGCGGCCCAACACGCAACACAGAAAAGCUCGCCACCAAACCAACUCCUUCCCCCCGACUGGGCGACUCAACGAGUACACUCUGCUAUUUGGCGAAAAACACGAAGAAACCUCAGACAAGCACACAGCCAACAGUUCUGGCAGGACCCUUUUGGUAAGCACACAGAAGCGAUUGAUGCAGCACUUCCUGGAAAGCACACCAAAGAUAUGUACGACCAACUCCACAGAGCAAAAGCCGACGACACCUGUGAAUGUCAAGAAGGACCAGAAACCAUUAACCACUUUCUAUUUGAUUGUAAUCUAUGGGGACCACAUCGCGGCGAGAUGAGAGCGACAAUGGGAAAUCGAUAUAGAGACACAUUCUUCGCACUGGGGAUUGGUGGUCAUCAAGCCAAGGACCAACCGGACAAGAACUUGAUUCCAAAAACAACUGGACUCCCAAUAUGGAGGUUGUCAAAUCUGUCAUCCAAUUCGCCAUGGCAACCAACCGACUGA